GGAUGCACUACAUUGAAAUUUUUACAUGGAUGUGGUCAUGGUGCCAUUUCAUUGGAGAAGUAUGGCAAACAGAGUGCCCAAAGAAAAGAGAAAAAGAGAUGGAAAUUACAAGGAUCGGGGUCCAGAGGAGGCUAACCCAUGAGGAAGCAGCAAGGAAAGGAAAGAUUCAAGAACUUUGAGAAAACACAACAUGUGGGAAGACUGAUGAAUAUGUAUUUUUGUAAGGGCAGGGUGAAGUUCUUAGCAUUUCAGGCCAUUAUGAUUAACUGUACUGCUGAGGCAGAAAGAAAGCGAAAAAAAGUAGAAAUAGUUGUUGAUGCAAGGUGCAGGCGCUGUUGAAGAAGGCUUUCAGGCCCUCUUAGGGUUUAGACUGAGUAGACUAGUCAGAUGGGGAGAAACUUGCAACAGUCUGGAUACAAAACGCCUCUAAAAACCAAAGAAGAAGAGCAUGGUGCUCUUGCCCACAGCAUUUCUAAGCACUCUAUAUCAGAGUUUCUUUGUUAUUGCCUUUGGACUUUGGUGCAUGUCACUUCCGGCUUCGCAUGACAACCACCCCGCUUCGACGACCAGUCAUCUGAACGCUGUUGACUCUGUCCCUUUUGACAAACAGUCUGACGCGCUCACAGGCACGUCGACUUCCCCCCCAUUUUAGACAAGUUUGUUGACGCUGUGAUAUUUCUGCGAGAUGAUACCGAGGAAGCGGCACGUCUUAUUGCUAUGGAUGAUCAUCUGCUCCGGCAUGACGGAGGCUAUCGAGCCCAUCAGCACCAGUAUUGCAGUUGGUAUGGCUGCGGCUCUGACUGGGUUUUUAGCUAGCUACCAGAAUAUACUCUACUAUUUCCACGAGUGCUGCCGACCCGAGUGGAUAUCUUUCAACAGGACAGGUCUCGAGGCUGACCUGGAAAGCAAACUGUACGGACAGCACAUCGCCUCACGCAUCAUCCUGAAGGCUGUGAGCGGAUUCAUGAGCAACGACAACCCAAAGAAGCCCCUGGUGCUCUCUCUGCACGGAUGGACCGGCACGGGGAAGAACUUUGUCAGUCAGCUAAUUGCUGAAAACCUUUACAAAGAGGGAAUGGACAGCAGCUUUGUUCACAUUUUCACAUCUGAACUUCACUUCCCACAUUCGAGUCAGCUUGAUACCUACAAGUCUCAGUUACAGCAGUGGAUUAAAGGCAACGUCACCAACUGUGCACACUCCAUGUUCAUCUUUGAUGAGAUGGACAAGAUGCAUCCUGGCUUGAUUGACAGCAUAAAGCCGUACCUGGACUACUAUGACAAGCUGGAUGGAGUUUCUUAUCGGAAAGCCAUCUUCAUCUUCCUCAGCAACGCUGGAGCGGACAGCAUCAUACAGACCGCUUUAGAAUUCUGGAAAACAGGGCGAAAUCGAGAAGAGAUUGAACUCAGAGACCUGGAGACGGCGCUCUCUCUGUCAGUCUUCAACAACAAGAAAAGUGGCUUGUGGCAUACAAGCUUGAUUGACAAGAACCUGGUCGACUUCUUCGUCCCCUUUCUGCCUCUGGAGUACCAGCACGUCGUCCAGUGCGCCUUGGCCGAGAUGAAAGCCAGAGGACUUAAGCCGGACAAGAAAGUGGCCGACCAGGUGGCCAGAGAUUUGGUCUACUUCCCCAAAUCUGAGAGAGUGUUUGCUGUCAAAGGCUGCAAGACGAUAGAGAGCAAGUUAGACUACUACACAUAAUGUCAGUAUCUCAUAGACACUGUGUUUAAACACUAUGUGCACUUUUUUUGAAAGAAAGAAAAAAUGCUCAGCCAAGUGACUAAAGAGAGGAAGUGACCCUGACUGAGUGAAGUCUCUGCACAGGUUUCUCUGUCUUGACCUAACAUGGAGGAGUUCGGCAGGCCUUCUCCAGUGUUGCGUCUCGCUUAAACUGAACGAAGAGGGUGAUGAAAGAGCGAAGAACCUGUUGAAUGAAAAAAUAAUAAGACUUGAAAUGCUAUCCCGUGUAACAGAUAAAAGGGUUUGAUCUCUGCUUUUAUGUCACACCACAGCAACAGUCUGGGACUUGUUUCGAUGAAGGGUCUGAAUGACCAAGAGGUGUCCUGUUAGUGAAACUAUGGACUGUCAUAUGUUUGUAUUUGUAGAUAACAGGAAACACUGGCCUUAAUUCUUUUUAAUUUCUAUGCUAGUUUUUUUUCUUUUAAGAUAUACUGAGUUAUUUUACACGUGUCCACUGUAUAUAUGAGUUCAUUGACAGUCAGCGUUGGCCUUAAAGCAAAGUCUCACCAUACAAAGACACAAUGCAGAAAACGGUUUGGGUGCCAUACCAAAAUAAGAUGUGUUUUUAUACAGUGCAGCCACACACUUUUAAUAUCUUAUCUGGCUCUCAUGAAACAUCACAAAUAGAUUUUGUUAGAUAAUAUGUACUGUAAUUAAUGUGUCAGUAGUGAAAUAUUUCCAGAUGUAAUUUUGCCUUACAUUGAUGAUUUCUUGACUCUGUGAACUCAGGAUUCCCACAACACAAGAAUACUGUUUUUUUUCUUUUUUACCAACACUUAAAAGAAUUGCAGACUGUUCAGAAUACAACAUUUUAAUGAUAUUGUAAUGUAAUUGAUUAAUGAUAUCCAGUAAUUUAAAAACUACCUGAAAGUUUCCUUCAAAACAUUAUACUCUGUACUAUCAUUUGUCUUUAAAAAAGAAGCAAGUGUUAAGUCAUAUGUAUUUCUUCUCUAGCAUUGCUGUGGAAAGAAGUGCUCUGGUUCUCAAAAUCGGAUGGUUUUGAAACCAUUAAGAAAAUGUAAUGGAACAUUUUCUAUACGUUCGCUCACAGUUUGCAUGCGAAGCAGCUUUUGGUGAACUGUGAAAGAAUGUUGUUGGUGU